UUCUGGGUAGGUGGCUUUACCCCGCCCCUCCUGUGAAGGCCUUCUCGGCUGCUUCAGUGGCGAGGCUCCUUCUAGGAUGGCUGCUCUGGUUGUAAACAAGCCUGGAGCGGGACUAGACAGUGGUCGUCAGGGCAGCCGGGGGACGGCCGUGGUGAAGGUGCUGGAAUGUGGAGUUUGUGAGGAUGUCUUUUCUUUGCAAGGAGACAAAGUGCCUCGCCUUCUGCUUUGUGGUCAUACAGUCUGUCAUGACUGUCUCACUCGGCUGCCUCUUCAUGGAAGAGCAAUCCGUUGCCCUUUUGAUCGGCAAGUAACAGAACUAGGAGAUUCAGGUGUCUGGGGAUUGAAAAAAAAUUUUGCUUUAUUGGAGCUUUUGGAAAGACUACAGAAUGGACAUAGUGGUCAGUAUGGAGCUGCAGAAGAAGCCAUUGGGAUAUCUGGAGAGAGCAUCAUUCGUUGUGAUGAAGAUGAAGCUCAUGUUGCAUCUGUAUAUUGCACUGUAUGUGCAACUCACUUGUGCUCAGAAUGUUCCCAAGUUACUCAUUCUACGAAGACACUAGCAAAGCACAGGAGAGUGCCUCUAGCUGAUAAACCUCAUGAGAAGACCAUGUGCUCUCAGCAUCAAGUGCAUGCCAUUGAGUUUGUUUGCUUGGAAGAUGGCUGUCAAACUAGCCCACUCAUGUGUUGUGUCUGCAAAGAAUAUGGGAAACACCAAGGUCACAAGCAUUCAGUAUUGGAACCAGAAGCUAACCAGAUCCGAGCAUCAAUUUUAGAUAUGGCUCAUUGCAUACGGACCUUCACUGAGGAAAUUUCAGAUUAUUCCAGAAAAUUAGUUGGAAUCGUUCAGCACAUCGAAGGAGGAGAACAAAUAGUCGAAGAUGGAAUUGGAAUGGCCCACACAGAACAUGUACCAGGUACUGCAGAGAAUGCCCGAUCGUGUGUCCGAGCUUAUUUUUCUGAUCUGCAUGAAACUCUGUGUCGUCAAGAAGAAAUGGCUCUAAGUGUUGUUGAUGCUCAUGUUCGAGAAAAAUUGAUUUGGCUUAGGCAGCAACAAGAAGAUAUGACUAUUUUGUUAUCUCAGGUUUCAACAGCCUGUCUCCAUUGUGAAAAGACUUUGCAACAGGAUGAUUGUAGAGUUGUCUUGGCAAAACAAGAAAUUACAAGGUUACUGGAAACAUUGCAAAAGCAGCAGCAGCAGUUUACAGAAAUUGCAGAUCACAUUCAGUUGGAUGCCAGCAUCCCUGUCACUUUUACAAAGGACAAUAGAGUUCACAUUGGACCCAAAAUGGAAAUUCGAGUUGUUACAUUAGGAUUAGAUGGUGCUGGAAAAACUACUAUUUUGUUUAAAUUAAAACAGGAUGAGUUCAUGCAGCCUAUUCCAACAAUUGGUUUUAAUGUGGAAACGGUAGAAUAUAAAAAUCUAAAGUUCACCAUUUGGGAUGUAGGUGGAAAACACAAAUUAAGACCAUUGUGGAAACAUUAUUACCUUAAUACUCAAGCUGUUGUAUUUGUUGUUGAUAGCAGUCAUAGAGACAGAGUUAGUGAAGCACACAGUGAACUUGCAAAGUUGUUAACAGAAAAAGAACUCCGAGAUGCUUUACUCCUGAUUUUUGCUAACAAACAGGAUGUUGCUGGAGCUCUGUCAGUAGAAGAAAUCACUGAGCUUCUUAGUCUCCAUAAAUUGUGCUGUGGCCGAAGCUGGUAUAUUCAGGGCUGUGAUGCUCGAAGUGGUAUGGGACUGUAUGAAGGAUUGGACUGGCUCUCACGCCAACUUGUGGCUGCUGGAGUGUUGGACGUUGCCUGAUUUUAGAUGUAGCAGUUGUUUAAAGUUUUGUGGUUAAGAGUUAUUUUGCACAUAAUAUGAUGUAAGAAAUUCUACAUCUGAAAGAUAGUUAAUUUACAAUGUAUAUAUUAAUAUAAAAGGAAUCUUGGAUUGGGAAUUCAGUACAAUAUUGCUUUUAAAAACUAGUAAAAUUUAAAUAGCUGAUUGAGCAGAUUAAAUUGGAUUAAACAGGGACUUACUGGGUAUACAUUUUUUUUAAACAUACAUUUGUUAAGUUUUUCAGAUUACAUGUGUACACACAGAUUAUCUAGCACACACACAUGCACGUUCUGCUUACUGUAGGUACUACUGUUAUGAAAAACUGGGAUCCAUUAGUAUUUGAUCCAGCAUUGGGAAGUAAGUAGUCACAGUGAAAGAGCAGGUGAAGGUUUAUUCACUCAAAGGAAGAAUAGCCAACCAAGUGUCUAAUGAACCAGCGGUUUCAUUGAACCUCUCUAUGAAGCAAGUGGAGCAUGGCUUCUUAACGUGCCUUUUCACUGGAUUUUGGCAGUAUUCAGUAGCAAAAAAGGCAGUGACUUAAUGAAAUAAAAUCUGAACUGCAUCUUUGGGUAAUAGGAUUAAUGUUCAGUAUAACAGACAUCUUUAAUGCUAAGAACUAUAAGCUAGAGAAGAUUAAUAUUUUAUACAGAUUAAUAUUUUAUUAAAGCUCUCUUAAAGCCUUUUGUAUAAAACCCAGUGAGUUAGAAUGAAAUGUAAUCCUACUAGGCCUGAUGUCAGAUCAGUACUACACUGAAGAACAAUUAAUAAAAAACUGUGAAAGUCAGUUAUAUUCUAGUUGAUCUGCACUUAUGAAAAGACUGAUUUGCAGAGCUGUACCUGGAUAUAUUAUUUCCAAGGUCAGAGUUCUAAAUUCGUCCUUCUAUUUUUCAAUAUAAAGUACCUAGUAGUGUUUUUUAAAAAUAAUAUUGCAUCUUUAAGGAGAAUGACUAUAGGUAAAAUGUAGUAAGUUACACACAGAAGCCAGUGUUGGUCUUACAUAAAAGGUAGAGAUCUAAGUAGAAAUUACCUCUACCUCAAGAGAAGUUAUUUAAGCAGUGGAAAUGAUUACCUUAAAAUGUCUUCCCAAAAUAAGUGCAUUUAUUUAAACAAUAAAAUGUGAUCAAGGAUUUUCAUGACAAGGCCUUAAGAGGUUGUUUGAGAGAAACAUGUCUACAAAAGGAAAAGAAGAAAUGUGUAAAAAAUUUAUAUCACAUUACAGGUCUGUGAGUAAAAAAUUUAAAGUGUG